AACACAAUUCGCACUAAUUUUCUUGUUUGCUACUUUUGCCUGUGUUUUCUCUUCAUGGGAAUAGUGGUGUAUCCAGGCCUCUAAAGAACUUAACCUCUGCAAACCGCUCUUUCGUGUAACAGAAAUCGAAACAGAUCUGUGCAUAUUCUAGCAUAUUGCUACUGCUUAUGUAUCUGUUCUAGCGGGUCAUUAGGAGUAGACCAGAGUUAAACUAGCUGCAGUCAGUGUUACGACGGUUCAUAUUGGGAAAACUCGUGGACAGUAUCGAAAAUACACUACAAAAAUGGCACCUACUUUUAUUGUAGAUCAAGAGAAAUCAAUGGAGUACAACGAUUCCUCAUUUGAGGGUCCUGAGAAGUUGUUGGAGCUUUGGUUUUCAGCUCCGAUGGAUUCGUCAAAAAUGGGUCUUCGAAGCAUUCCUAGGGCAGAUUUGGACGAGGUGUUGGAUCUUGCUCACUGCAAAGUACUAAGUGUUCUUUCAUCUAAUCAGGUCGAUGCAUACUUGCUCUCCGAAUCCUCUCUGUUUGUGUUUGCUCACAAACUUAUUCUAAAGACAUGCGGUACUACCACCCUGCUUGCUAGUUUACCUCGGCUGCUUGAGUUAGCGGCCAGCGUUGGCUUUGAAAAGCCGAUACGUGUGUUCUAUUCCCGUAAAAACUUUAUGUUUCCCAGUCGUCAAUUAGCUCCACAUAAAUCCUGGAGUGAUGAGGUGAAAUGUUUGGAAACCUUUUUCCCCAGCGGCUCUGCGUAUGCUGUUGGUCCUACAAACAAAGCACAUUGGUAUUUGUUUUCGUUCUGCGACGAAGCAUACAACAAUUUAGACGACAAUCUCGAUCCCGAGGAUGAGACAUUGGAAGUCUUGAUGACAGAAAUGUCGCCUCAAAAAUCCCUAAACUUCUACUCCCCAACUUUGGGCUCUGUACUUGCUGAAAAAGGCUACGACUCGGUCGAAGACGCAAGAUUGCAUGGUUCUUCUGUUUCUACCGGUCACUUACUUGGUGCUUAUGCAGCCGAGAAGGCAGGUGUGCAGGAGCUCUGCUGGACAAAAGAUGGCAAGGCAUUGUUGGAUGCAUUUUCCUUUGAGCCAAUGGGCUUUUCGUCCAACGCUUUAUGCGAUGAUCGCUAUGCUACCAUUCAUGUUACCCCUCAAGAGCAUUGUUCUUACGCUUCGUUUGAGACAAAUGUGUCCGAGCAACGAUUUGGUCGGACUAUGCAUGAUACAGUAGCGAAAACUAUUGAUGUAUUUGGUGCUGGCCGCUUUUCGGUUAGUCUUUUUCAAGCAAAAGAUCCUAACCGUCGCAAAAAUACCUUGGUCAAUAAGCUUGGACACUUUGAUUCUUACAUUCGCGAGGAGUGCAUCGUCUACGAUUUUCCAGGCUACGACCUACUGUUCUGCAGUUUCCGUCACAAAUAGGCAUUUUAAGGAAACUGUUGUAACACACUUCUCAAAGCAACUUUGCUUUUUUGGAUAUCUUACCCUCAACGGAUACCACCUACUCGCUGAUUUGGUCUGGCGACCAUUCAGCUUUGUUAACCUUACAAAUGUGUAGAACAAAUACAUGUUUUUCUUUUACAAGCACCAAUCCAAAAUGUUGUCUGGAAAACAUGGUUUAAUUUAAAGGAUAUGUCAAUCUAUGGCGGAAUCAGAUUGAUUUGUAGAUUGUAUAUUCCCAAAGGGCUAACGUGUAAGCAUAAUAGUAAUAAGUGCUUUUGGUCAAAACGAGUGCGAUCAGUUUAAAGCGUUUAGUAGUCUGUAACUGCAGCUCAGAUAGCUUCAGUGGAAGGACG